GACAAGAUGAUAAGCUUAAAAGAGCUGGUAGAAAGCAGCUCCAAAAUCAAUAUCCCACAAAACUUCAUUCGUUUGGAUCAGGAGCCUUCUUCUACCUCCCAUCCUUCCACGUUCCCCGUCCCACCGACCAUCGAUAUGAGCCGAUUACUCUCCCCGCAACAUUCCUGCUCUGAGCUUCUCAAUCUUCACUCCGCUUGUAAGCAAUGGGGCUUGUUUCAGCUAGUCAACCAUGGAGUUAGCUGUUCAUUGUUGGAAGAGGUGAAGAGUGAGAUUGAAGGGUUCUUUGAGCUUCCACUAGAUGAGAAGAUGAAGUUUUGUAUGAAGGGUGGAGAAUUUGAAGGGUAUGGAACCGUGGUUCGAUCCAUGGAUCAGAAGCUUGAUUGGGGCGAUAGGUUUUACAUGAUCACCAAUCCUCUUUCAAGAAGAAAACCCCAUCUCCUUCCCCACUUCCCUCCAUCCUUAAGAAACACGUUGGAAUCGUACUUGAAAGCGACAAAGAAGAUAGCGAUGACGUUAUUGAGGAUGAUGGCGGGGAAUUUGGAGAUGGAGGUGAUGAAGAUGGAGGAGUUGUUCGAGGAUGGAAUGGAGGCAGUAAGGAUGACGUAUUAUCCGCCAUGUCCAAGGCCGGAGUUAGUGGUGGGUUUGAGACCGCACUCGGACGCGACGGGGCUGACGAUAUUGAACCAGCUGAACGGAGUGGAAGGGCUCCAAGUGAAGAAAGAUGGGACAUGGUUCCCAGUGAGUUUCAUCCCAGAGGGGCUGAUGGUGAACGUGGGCGACGUUGUUGAGAUCAUGAGCAAUGGGGUUUACAACAGCAUUGAGCACAGGGCGGCGGUGAACUCGGAGAAAGGGAGAAUGUCGAUAGCGGUGUUCUACAAUCCCAGAUUUGAGGCAGAGAUCGGACCACAAACUCAAACCCCACCAUUGUUUAGAAGGAUUGUGAUGGAGGAUUAUUUCAAGGACUUCUUCACCCAAUCUUUCAAUGGAAAAUCCCACUUGGAGCGGAUGAAGAUCGCACCAACCAAUCAACCCAAUUAAUCCUCAUUCAUCUUUGUCUAAUUAUAA